AUGAGCGCACGAGCACGAGCACGAGCACUACUACCACGACUACUCCGCGCCGGCGGGCAGAGGAGGGGGAUGGCGGAUAUGGCGCCGCCCCAGCCCGCGCCGCAGAAGAAGGAGGUGUCGAAGCAUAUUGGGUUCUAUAAAGAGCUUGGGCGGCCGCUGUCGAAAGUGUUCCUGAUGUCGUUCUUUACGUACCAGGCGUGCUACUGGGCGUGGUUGAAGCUGGAGAAGGAGGAGGUGCAGAGGGGGAAGGAGGAGGAGGUCAAGGGUCUCAUGGCCGAGGUGGACAAAUUGAAGGAGGCGGCGGCGGCGGCGGGGAAGAAAUGA